AUGCUGCCGAAGACCUGCGGUCGGGGAAGGCCAACAGGACUCGAGGAGACAAACGAGACCGUCGGCGGGGGGCCCAUCUGCCACGAGCUCAAGAAGGUGAAGGUCAGAGGCCACGCCCUGGGGCCGGUGCUCUGGCUGGUCUGCAAGCUCUGGCCCACGAAGACCUUCGGGCAUUUCCCCAUAUCGAGUGCGGAGGACGCCGAGAAGAUCGCGGCGCUCCUGUUCAUCCCCUCUGGCGUGUUCGACUCGAUCAGGAGCAUGUCGGCGGCCCGGCUCAAGAGCGAGAAGUUCUGCUGGCGGCGCCAGUACAUGCGGGAGCCGCUGCAGGCUGCGGACUACACGUGCCCCACGGACAUCAACGUCUCCAUUGCCUCCGACGUCCUCGAGGAAGACGAUUACGAGCAGAUGCAGGAAGGCAGCUGGAGCUGCAGGGAGUCGGAGGAUGUCCCUGGGAAGGGCUGCAGUUGCGGCCGAUCCGACCUACCGAGCUUCCGCCUGGACGACAUCGAGAGCCUGCCAGACAAGGCCCGCGCCCGCAUCCACACCGUGCCCAACGGCUGCGACAUGGUCAGCAUGGGCCAGUGCUACGGCGAGUGCCCGUAUGGCUUCAGCCCGGCGAUCGUGACUGGCAAGUUUCGGCCCGUGUGCAGCACCGAUUGCAAGGAUCAGAGUCGCACCACCCGGUCUCGUGCGGGUUUGGGUGCGCGAACACGGCGGGGAACUGCGCGAGGGUCGCGGGGAAGCAGGUCGCGGCGAUCAUGA